AUGUCGUACGCCUAUCUGUUUAAGUAUAUAAUAAUAGGGGAUACAGGCGUGGGAAAGUCAUGUUUAUUAUUGCAGUUUACUGACAAACGAUUCCAACCGGUUCAUGAUUUAACCAUAGGUGUUGAAUUCGGUGCUCGAAUGAUCAAUAUAGACGGAAAACAAAUCAAGUUACAAAUAUGGGAUACGGCUGGACAAGAAUCAUUUCGAUCGAUUACUCGAUCUUAUUACCGUGGCGCAGCCGGUGCGUUACUAGUGUAUGAUAUCACUAGAAGAGAAACAUUUACUCAUUUGACUACCUGGUUAGAGGAUGCAAGACAACAUUCAAGCUCUAACAUGGUUAUUAUGCUGAUAGGAAAUAAAAGUGAUUUGGAAAGUCGACGCGAUGUUAAAAAAGAAGAAGGUGAAGCAUUUGCUAGAGAACAUGGCUUAAUUUUUAUGGAAACCUCAGCCAAAACUGCUGCUAAUGUUGAAGAUGCCUUUAUUGAUACAGCUAAGUGUAUACAUGAAAAAAUCCAGGAAGGGGUUCUUGAUGUCAAUAAUGAGGCAAACGGUAUUAAACUUGGACCGCAUCAUAACCCGGUGGCUGGAGCAUAUAGUAAUAACAUGACAAAUCGUACUUCUGGUGCUGGUUGCUGCUAA